CAAGCGGUCACCUGCUCUCCUUUCGCUGUUCUCCGCCGGUGAGGGGAUGUGGAGAGGCGGAGCCAAGAGGACAUUGCACUUCCUGGAAAGCAAGCGGCGUCUACGCAGUAGAUGGCAGCUUCGUCAACUGUGCACAGCUGUUGGCCUCGUCCUCUCCUGAUGUAACUCGCAGUCCAGCCGGAGUUCCCUGCAGACGCCUGUCCCAGACACACUUUGCACCUUAAACUGGCGACCUGACAGAGUGUCCCGUCAUGGGUGGGUCAAUUUCUUCCAUUUCCUUGUCAAAAAGUUCUGAUUCCAGUGACAGAAAGUCCAUCGUUGACCAGCAGGGCAACAGCACAGACACUGGUGAACAAAGUAAUGGUGAUGAGGUGGAAGGUGACUAUACACCUUAUGUGGAGAUCAUUGGGCGGAACAGCACGAACUGCCCUUCCUGCCAAGGGACUGGACGCAUCCCUAGAGGUCAAGAGAAGCAGCUUGUAGCUUUGAUCCCAUACAGCGACCAGAGGCUUCAACCCAGCCGCACGAAGCUGUAUGUCUUUUUGUCUGUGCUACUCUGCCUCCUGGCCUCGGCUCUGGUCAUGUUCUUUCUGUACCCUCGAACAAUCACCAUGGAGCAGAGUGGAAUGAAGUCAUCCCUCGUUUAUUUCUCACCUAAAGAUUCUGCUGUCAUUAUGAACGUAACGAAUAUGGUGAACAUCACCAACAAUAACUUCUACAGCAUUCACAUCUCCAACCUUAACCUGCAGGUCCUACUCUUGGAUACGGUCGUGGGCAGAAUUAAAAGUGACAAUGAAACCAUUAUUAAACCUCUUGGAAAGAUGCAGCUUGAUUACAAAGUGGACAUCGUUAUAAAUGACCCAGGAAUGUUCCACUUCUGCACCAUGCAGGCUAUUAAAAUUCACAUGGUGGUUUUUCAUAUCCAGGGCUCAAUGACUGCCAACUACGUGACCCGCACAGAAGAACUGCCACUCGAAACGUACCAGUAUAUCGAUUGUGGAGCGAACACCACCACACCUCACAUUGACUUUGUGUUUCCUUCGUGAGCUGUGACAAAAGGGACUCGUCAGCAACUGAUGGGCACUCUCUGAUAUUCUCAUUCUGAAGUGACGCACUCUUUUUUUGUUUUUUGUUUUUCUCUCUUCCAAUAACUGUUGUGAUUUGUAUUAACUCAACUGGCAGUUAAAAACUCCAGUGUCUGACAGAAAGGUAUACCCUACUGGUUUUGGGUGGAUCAGGAUGACUUGGUUUAAGGUGACCACCGGUGGGGACCGUUGUUUGCAAUGGCUACCGAGUGCAUCCUGUGUGGCCGUGCCGAAAGUCGCUAAGGCGAGCUAGUUGGCUGUGUUAUAGCUGGUUUAGGGGGUCUUAGCCUUAACGCUUUAUCACGGCACUGCUAACCCGAUGUGGUUCUCCUGGUCUUUAAACGUUGAACUCGCUGAAGAUGCACGAGCCGUUGAGGCCUUGUGCUGUACUGCAGGAUGCCGUAGUGCUUCCUGAAAUUGUGACUCUAAUGUGACACUGACAGUUUUGUGACACCCAUCUAAGCUUGUAGACGCGCGUUAUUUUAGUCUUGCGGUUAGCUGCUCUGCGCUACAUGGGAUGUGUGUAUUUUUAUUACUAUUCUUAUUAUUUUAGGAAGUUUGUUGGAAAUGGCAAACCCCAGUCUUUGAGCACUGCAGAGGUCUUCCUUCCUGUUGAAUGUUCGCCAUUUUCCUCACCAAAAGGAUCUUAUCAUUGAGUCUUUUGCACAUUUGCUGGUUUUCACCUGUUGUAUGUAUUUUAAAAAAAAAAUAUAUAUUCAUUUCAAAAUCUUAAUGGAGCGGCAAUAGAGUGGAAUCACCUUCUCGUUAUUCUGCUGUCGUUCAUAGUAUUAGAGUGCCAUCCCCGAAAUAAAAGUACGGUGGCCCACGAAGGACAUGUAAAGUGCCAGUGUCUUGUCAUGUGUGCUGCCGUCUGGGCUCUUACUGAUGUACGAUUGUGUAUUCAGUGCUAAACACGCACCGCACACCUCUAGGAUCAGGAAGUGCAGUAGUCGCUGGGCCAGCACUGCAGGCAAGUCGCGUAGCUGUUUCAGCCAUGUCAUACCCAUCAUGCACUUGAGUCAUCUCCUUGCUCUUUGCAUUAUUAAAGUGUAGCAGAUGUUGUCCCAGACUUAGUAAAAACCCUUUUGCCUCCUCAUCCUAGAAUGAGAGACCGGUAGACAGGUUUGUCCUGUGGGUGCUCCUGCUAAGUGGUAUCUGUUGUGUUCCCUUGGGUGCUGGCACCUUGUGGACCCCUGCUCUGUUUAGACGGUUGACUGCGCCCCUUCUUUGUGUCUUCACCUGCCUACACUCACUUUGGUUUCUUUGGUCACAUGUUUCACAAAGUUUAACGACCUGUUGUAUAUUAAUCACAUGCUGUAGAAGAGCGCUUCAUGCUACGUGACAGCCCAUCAUAUCGCACUGUAGUUAGCAGAGCAGGAGCGGAGAAGUACCGAGCUUGGGGUUUUUUUUUUUUUCUGCAUUUUGCCACCUUGGCAGGGAGAUCCAUACGGAUUUAUCUGUGAUCAAGUGAGCAGCACAUCUUCAAUUCCUAGUUGGCACGAUGAAGGUGUGAUGCGUUAGAAGUAGUCUUCAGCAAAGAGAGUUUGGGAUGCUUUAAUGUGUAGCGAUGGAAGCAAGAAACGUGUUCAAUAAAAUGUGUUGCCCAGUC